AUGACAGUGUGGAGAAUUGAAGAGAUGGCUCACCGGCUGUUGGUUCGUCGAAUCUGGACCUUCUCCGCGAAAGAUAUCCGCCGCCUCCCGUCAUCGGCCGUCACCGUCGCCUCCUCCUCUUCUUAUUCCACCUCCCUGCAGUCUGCCCCCAGCCGGGUCUCCUUCCUCUCCCCGUCGCGCACUCUUCCUCACCCCCCCCGUCGAGAAGCCUCCUUCAAUGUUCAGGACAGCGACGACUUCACAGAGCGGGUCAUCAACAGCGAGCUGCCCGUGUUAGUCGACUUCCAUGCACAGUGGUGCGGCCCCUGUAAGAUCCUCGGGCCGAGGUUGGAGAAGGCGGUAGCCAAACAGAAAGGCCGCGUCGCCAUGGCCAAAGUUGACAUCGACGAUCACACAGACCUGGCCAUCGAAUACGGGGUGUCGGCCGUCCCCACCGUCAUCGCCAUACGGGGGGGCGACGUCGUCGACCAUUUCGUGGGGAUCAAAGACGAUGAUGAGCUGGACUCAUUUGUCAGCAAAGUCAUUGGACAGUAAAAGCCUGUCCCCGCCCCCGCCGCGCACCGGCGUCAUGGCGCUGCUGUCUGCCAUCGUUCAGCAGCCACCAUUUCGAGCCCGUUAGGCAACCACCACCCUGUGAAGUCCCCCGCCACAUCCCAUCUGGCAGAUUCUCAAGUGCACACACCCAUCCCCAGACACGCCGCUCCAGCUGUGCGUUGUCGCUUCAAUCUUUCUCAUCUCGCUUUUGUCUAGUGGUGGGUGUGUGCCUCCAUUAACCUUUUUAGUUCAUGGCGUCUCUUCAUUGUCACAGCGGUUCCCGUUUUAUCUUCAAAAAUGUGACGGCUCUUUGAAUCUACUCACUCUCACAGAGAUGGUGUGCAAGGGUUUACUGUAAAAUCCUGUAGAAAGGUAAAUAAACAUGCUGUACAACAUGAGGGAAGGACGUUUGUAGUUUUAGCUGUGGAGAUCGGAUUUAAAACACGACCAUAUUGAAUGAGGUAAGAGUUACACGUAAUUCCUGCUUUUGUCCACACGAGGGUGGCACAGGUCUAACAUCGCUGAGCCACAGUUAGUCAAUUUUACACCGUUAUGCCUAUUUUUGUGAGUGUGUGCUGAUGUGUGUGUGUGUGUGAGUGCAUGUUUAUGCUUCUCUGGGUCCUAACUGUGAAACUGAAGUCAAAUGGGAAUUGCAAACAAGAGUUUGAUUUUAAGUAUAUUACUGAAAAGAACUCUGUGUACCAGAAACAUGACCAAGUGAAGUAAUAAAGGAGUCGAUAUGAUCUAUG